AAAAUUUUUUUGUUUACAAAAUUUAGGCUAUAAAUAAAACGUUGACGUUCAUUUUCAGUGUAAAAAUUGUUUAUCAUUCUGUUAAAAUCACAGCUAUACUAUGGCAGCUGAGGUGGAGGAAAGAGGACCUAUACCUAAUCUGGCACUGAAUGCGAUACUUAUACCUGUGUUUGAAGAAACAGCUUCGGUAAAUAUACUGUUUAAGUUUUGAUAUUGAGAUCUUGUCAUCUUGGCGAGUCACUCGAGUGUCAUAUUAGUGAAUCAACACGAUACCAGUUAGACAAUUCAUAGUAAUGAGUGUCGAAUUUAAAUGGUCAGUAAACGUCCAUAAUCCCUGGCUAUUCUGUGCCUUGCCGUUGUUGAAAACGUUGACAUACAAUGCCCAAUAGUAGCCAUUGAAUGUUUACAAUCGAUAUGGAUCGAAUCAAUAAAUUCAUUAAUUAAUCUAUGAAAAUUAAUACAAUCAUACCAAUAAUCCAUAUCAAUCUUGAUCAUAGUCUACAUUAAUAUUUGGCAGUUAAGUUUUCUAACUGCGCUCUGACGUUUUCUUCUCAAAUAAAGGAACCAGAAUGGGCCUGAAUGGCAAAAUUGCGUGCAGAAGAUCUUCGGCAGGGCGAACUUAGCAAUUUGAUAGUGGAAUCGAUUAUCAAAUUAAUCAAAUUUGUUUAGCAUAAGGCCACAUAAAAAAGCCCUGCUCAGGAUUUUUUAAAAUUUUUUAUAUUUUUAAAGAAACCCAACUCUUAUUGAUCAACGGGCUCUAAUAUAUGUGUAUUUCUGUUGACUGUAGUCAAUUGUGUUAAUAAGUUGCGAAAUUGUGUGCGAAAAUGACGGUAUGAAUCAUAUUUUGAAAUAUAUAAAAAAAUAUCUGUACUGCGCAAGAAAAUCCAGUUUCGGACCUAAAACCAAGGCGUUAAAAAUUAGUAAAUUUUUUUUUAAAAAGUGCCUGCCCGCCCACUUUUUGGCAAAAUCUAAGGACACUAACCAACUAUCUUUUUUUAUGUGGCCUAAUUAUAAUUUAGGUUAAAUAUUUGGCAAUAUUUUGAGUGUAAAAAUACUGGGCUAAUUUUACAAUACCAGGUCCAUCACUCUGAAAGUAUGAGGGUAAUUGUGAGAAACCACCUUCAGAGAUACAGUAUGAUGUUCAUAAAGCUGAGGCAUAAAAAAAACUGUGGUUCUGGUUCCCGACCGACCCUAUUUUUUUCUGCCGACUGUAUUAUUUUUUCAAUGUGAUUGACCAUGCAACCCUAUUUUCUCCAGGUGGUUGCGGGCUGCUCAUACAGCGUGCCAAAAUGGCGUCUGUUGUCACACUAACUAUUGAACCAAAUUGCCUAAAUUCGUCCAUAGGAAAUACGCAUCUCUAGUUAAUAUUGAUGUCGGGACUCUACUGCAAAUCGCCCAGCAAAAAACUGCCAAAACCAUGAAAAAAAUAUUUUUAAAAAAAUUUAUUUCCGACCUACCGACCCUAUUUUUUUUCACGGUAUGAAACCGGAACCACAGGUAUUUUUUUUAUGCCUGACUACAGUACCAUCUAACAUCCUUCGUCCAUCUGUCUAGAUCGUCUGUUCGUCUAUUGUCUGUCUGUCUAACAUUUAUUGUUCUUUCAUCUAAUGUCUAUCGUCUCUUCCUAUUCUGUCUCUCAUCAUCCAUUUAUUUAAUAGUCUGCCAUUCUUGGUCUGCUUGAUUAUAUGUUAGGGUAAAUAACACAUUCUGGACUUUUCCUUGGGAAAAUAAAUACUGUAGCUGCGGCGCCAACAGUACGGUCAAUAUAGAAUAUAGAUAGAUAUGUAGACAACUACAUUCAGAGUAUCUGAUUAUGAAUGCUUAGACGAAACAGAUAGAUGCAGAGACGUUAGACGUGGAAAAACACAGACGUUAGACACCAAGAUGUUAGACGUGGAAAUGUUAGACGAUAGACGAAAUAGACAAUAAAUUCUGUUAAGAUAGACAUGAGUGGUACUGUCAGAGAUUACCAUUUGAAUGCUUCUUAGGGUUACCUCUUAGUGAUCUUUUUUUUAAUCUUCAGUUGACAGCACCAGUGCCAAUUAAAUAUUAACUAAGGCAAGUGGUGUUUUAAGGAAUGGGGCAAGAGAAUCCUUAGUGGGAACUGGGAAGCUCAAAGUGACUCUCUGCUCAGCUCAUUGUAUUUAUCUUUUAUAUGUCGAGUUCCUCUUUGCCCAUUGAACUUUUCCAGGGUCCAUACAGUAGAUGACAUCAUAAAUGUAAAAUGGGAGACACAGUGUUUUACAUAUUUGCUUUAUUGCAUAUUAUCCAAAAAUGAUGCAGCUAGGAUUGUAUAUUCUUGGUCAACCAAUCUAGUUGUAUCAAGCAAUUUCAAGUUUUAAGGGCCUUUGUUGCUUUAGGGGACAUUUUUGAGUUGCGGGCCUUGGCCAAAAUUACCUCUCUACCCCUAAUCCCCUCUCACCGACCCAGGUUUUGUCUAGUACAAGUAAAUAGUAUGGCAUGGUGUCAGGUGUGGGAUUUAAAUCUACACCCACAAAUGUGUGUUCCAAACCAUUAUUGCAAACCAGGUGAUUUAAUUUUCAUGUUUACUGUAUGGUACUUAAUGGUAAGCUACCAAUGUCACAUUGUUUCAAUCUCAACAUGCUUUGUGUUAAUCAUCAAACCUGACAUGCUUACAAGUGUUAAACAUCAAAUUUUAAUUUUAUUUCAACUUUGAAUGUGAUAUUUUUGUUAUUGAUGAUUCUUCUUUCCUCAGCAGACUUUGACAAAGAAAAUUUCAUGUUCAUGUAGAAAAGGCCAUGCAAUGAUAAUCAUCUCAAGACUCGCAAUAUUUUUUAGGAUCAUAGAGUUGACAGAACAAUUAUAGAUCAAAUACAGACAGUGUUUCAAAAGGUACAGUAUGUGCACGACUUGAAAUCAGACCUUGAAUUCUUGGGUUUCAUAUGACGUCACAGAAGUGACGGGGGGUCAAGUCAAAACAAGUAAAACAAAACACAGUUAUCAGAGUGAGUCGAUUGUUCGUUUUAUGUAUUAGCCUUGUAUAUGGUGGCAAAUACAUGGAAUUUCGUAUAAUUUUCUCACUCCAGUACAGCAUAAGCAUCAAAUUAACAAUACAUUUGAGGUUGACCCCCAUCAUGAUUCACAGAUUCACAGCAUAAUGCCGUACGAUAGUGAAACCCAAGAAUAAGCGAAGAGGCAAGGAUUUUAGGAUUCAGUGUGGUGUUUUCUAUUCUUUCCAAGCAUGAAUCAAAAUGCCUCUGGAAACUUUCAUACAAUAACAUAAGAUGUUGCACUUAUAGGGCAUGAAGAUGUAAAAGAAUAAAAAGACAAUUGUUUUAUUUUAUUUUACAGAUUUUGCCAUUUAACACAAAAAACUAUUACACAAAAUUAGUUAGACAAUAGAUUACAUGGCUGGAAUUACCACACAGAGAUUAGUUCUCCAAUAACGGGGUUCCAAGACAUUCGAAAUACACAGUAUGAACAAUAACAGGCUUGCAUACAUACAUACAGACAGACAGACAGACAGACAGACAGACAGACAGACAGACAGACAGACAGACAGACAGACAGACAGACAGACAGACAGACAGACAGACGUGAAGAUCAACAAACAAGCACAACGAAUUACAAUCAACGACUUACAAUUUAUGUGACAGUAAAUUUAACAACAUGCUCGAUUCGACAAGUUAGUCAAUGGGCGAGUUGUGUGACACUUCACACAAACAGACAGAAUUCAAGUGCUUUCAUUGGUCGAGAGCCAUGAUCUAUUAGAGGACAAACGCACGAAUUACGUCACACAAAACCUUAUCCAAUAGUAUUCCCCUAUUUGUAUAGAUCAUAGAUAAGAUUUUGCCGUUGUCAGACUGACAACGGCAAAAUCUUAUCUAUUUGUUAAAUAGAUACAGUAUCAUCUAUUUGUUUUAUAUAAUAAAAAGAAAAACCCCGAAUUAAACAGGUAAAUAGCUUACUUUUUAUCCACCCAAACAUUUGGAAAUUUGAAAAAGUCGAAAUUUUACAAAUAUCACGCGUACAUGGAAGCUCGUUUGUCCUAAUAGAUCAUCGACGAAUGAAAGCGCUUGAAUUCUUAAAGUUAUUAUAUAAUUUUUAUUACAAAGGUUAGGUUGGGCAUUGUGACACGGUUUAACUACAGCCAUAGGACAGUGCAUGUUGUUGUGCAUGACGAGCUUUUACUGACUAUUGACCUUGUAGGCUGAAUUGCAAGCCCCUGGUAUAUCACAGGACUUUGUCUCUGCUGUUCUUAAGCAAGGUGAGUCUGUGGAAAGAUAAUAAGGAAUUGUAACCUUAUAUUAGUUUCAUAUUAAUCUGACACUGCAAUCGACCAACGAAAAAUUCGUUGGCUCGAGCGGGAUUUGAACUCGCAUCUUCGGGUAUCUAGACCGCCGCUCUACCUAUUGAGCUAUCGAGUCAACAGGGAUUGGUAGCGAGUCUUAUCCAAUUUAAGUGCACGAAAUAUUUUCGUGACGACUUAACCAUAGAAUAUAUAAUAGACCAGAAGCCUCACUGUACACCUUUCCUUAACAUUUUCGUGUCCGCGAUUUUUGCCUUGCGGAUCACGAAUUUCGCACGCUAGAUGACGUAUGUGACACUUGCUGCAAACAUCACGUCAGCGUUCGUCAGCAAAAGGGUUAAAACAGCAAUCUUUAUUACCUGGUAAUGGCAAUUCAUGGCGUAAUUGCUCGCGUUUGAUGGCGUGGAUUACACUUGCUGGCUCGCGCCUGCGCAUAAAAAAUCUCGGACACAAUUUUGGCUGAGUGAGGCUUCUGGUCUAUUUUCUAUUCUGUGACUUAACGCUUGCCUUAGAGGACGCGCAGUGUUUCAAUUGAAGAGCGGCGGUCUAGAUACCCGAAGAUGCGAGUUCAAAUCCCGCUCGAGCCAACGAAUUUUUCGUUGGUCGAUUGCAGUGUCAGAUUAAUAUGAAACUAGUUUUUCGUAUCUCUUGAGGAUGGUUCUGAAAAAGUAACCUUAUAUAUAACUUAACUUUGUGUGCUGUCUCUUCCUCGGUACUAGUUCCUCUAAAUACAGUACAUGUAGUGAAUACAUCACUAAAAGGAGGUAAUUAAUAUGUAUAGAUGUUUUGUGGCAUGGCAUAACGCCUGUAAAUGUUUUAUGUAAUUAAAACUCACUUUAUGUUUCAUUUAAUGUCUAAAACUUUUUUCGGUACCGGUAUAUUUGUUUGCAGAGUAGUCGUGCAGUUAAGGUGUAAGUGCGAGAGUAUCUUUUUGAUACUGCAACAGCCCAGAUAAAAUACACAUAAAAUUAUUUUGUCUAAUAAAUUUAUGUUUAUGUUCAGAAUCCAUUCCUCACAAUAUGAAUGAAAUACUUUUAUUGUUGUCAGCAAGAGAGAUAGACGGUAAGUCACUCCAUGUCGUGCAUAUUUUUAAUAUUCAACUAAUACCUAUGUACAGAAACAUGUUAAAGAAUAGACCUUAGAGGUGCUUAUGUCAUGCAAUUUUUAAUACUUCGGACUUCUGAAAUGUACAGUGCAUUGUGGGAUACUCGUAGGUCAAUAAUUCAUUGUUUGAAAAUUACGUGACGUAAGCACUUCUAAGGUCCAUUCAUGCUAAUAAUACAUAUUAUACAUAUCACAUAUGGGUAAAAGGUUCUUCUCCAUGAAUUGUUUAUAGGUUUGUCUAUCGAUCGCCCUGAGCAAGGAUUUCAAACAUUGAACAAAAACGCCCAAAGUAAGUGCCAAAUGAAUUGGAAUUUUUGUAAGCCCAUUUUCAUUUGGUUUUUAUUUCAUAUAAAAUUGCUGUCUAUCACAGUAUGUUAAAGCACUUUUCUUCAUGGUAUUAAACAGACAUUGGUUUAAUCGUUUAAUCAAAAUUUUUUUUAAACAUGUUAAAAUGAUCGAACGAAACACUAAUCAAUUAAAUGAUUCUCGAAGUGGUGCCGUUUUAUAUUGGCAGCGUUCGCUUAAAUGUUCUGCUUUGAGGCCGAUUUACACUACGUAACUUUUGCCUAAAACUGUCGCAUGUAACUUGAGUUGCGCUGUUUAAAUCAAGCACACAACUCGCCUACGACAACGUAAGUGUCGUUUAAUCAAAAUUUAAUUAAAUGGUCCAUGACUGCAUGUCUUUGUUAUGGUUAUGUUAAGGGUUGUCUGUGAAUAUUAAUGAUAUGCAUAUCAUUCUACGCGUACAGACCAGAAUUGAUUGUACGUUGCCCCGUUGUUAUUCAUUGACACCGUCAAUCGAUAAGAAAUAUCGUUUAAAAUCAUCGUGCCAAAUUUCAUGACGAUGAGACUCAAAAUGAAGGAGCCUUAGGCUUUUUUCGAAGAGCUUCGCCCCCUAACAACAGGGAGCUUAAGAUACACCAAAUCUACGACGCAGACGUGACGAAAAGCUGCCGCUAUUAUCACAGUUUCACUUCACGGGUAAAAAGUAUGGAUUGUUGUUGGUAAACAAGGCCAGGGACACGAGAAAAACAAAGUAAAACUAGUCUCCCAUUAUUAGCGACUGUUUUUUAGUCGCGUCCGCGUCGCAGAUUUGGUGCAUCUUAAGCUCCCUAACAACAACAACAACAACAACAACAACAACAACAACAACAACAACAAGAUUAGCAGCGAUUGGGGACCAGUUCCUGGUCCAGAAACUCUGACUUCACUUCAAUUCACCACCAUGCAUGCAACAAAAAUCAAAAUGCUGAGACGAUAAAUUUCACAUGCGAAAAACAUCGUCCGCCGUGCAUGAGGAUAUUUAUUUCACCCAUCUACACUGCACUUUCAUCUCUGUACUUGUCAUCACUUCGUUUAUAAGAUUCAUUAUUUGGAAACAAAACUGACACGUACCACAUCUUUCAAGAAAACAAUUUCAGAAUUGUAAACCGUGUUCUUAAUUGCGUUUUAUACACUAAUAUUUUAAAAUACCCUUUCAGCACUCAAGAGGAUUUUAUGUAAAAUUCCAAAUGAAAUUCACGACAGGACAAAGUUUUUACAGACAAUAAAGUUAGUAAAGAUACUCAUGUGUACAUGUAUAUUCUAUGAGAAUUAGCGGUCUUAAUACCAGGGGCAGGGGUGGAUCCAGCCAAAUUGGUAAUGGGGAGUGGUGCUCAUCGAACUUUGGCCAUCAUUCAGAGUACGACUGUGAUAUAUAUAUACUAAAACUGUCUGUACCAGUGUGGGUAGUACCAAUGUGAAAUUGCUGUGCUGAGUGCAUGGUUAUAUUACUAUACCUGAAAUAAACAAGCAGAAACUCGACGUUUCGCACGACCUUUUGCAUAUUUUUAGUAUGUCACAUGUUUUCUCUUAACAAGUACGGAUUAUAACCGUUUUUUAAAUAUGUAAAAAUCCAACAUGCACUGUCAGUAUAUAAGAUGGAAGAAAAUUGUACUGCACAAGCAUAUAUAAAAAAGAACCCAUGAAACUGUUCUUGUUUCAAUUCUUGAAUUCAAGCAAUGUCAUAUAUCUUCACCUGAGUGCACAACACCAGAAACAAGAAUUCAACAUCGUAAAAACUGAUAUCGAAGGAACUAGACUAACUUCCGAAAUAUCACGCACUCGAACCGAUUUGGACACACUCAGAGCAACAUCGCAAACAUAUAUGGCUACAAUUUUUCAUUUAUAUAGGGAAAUUGCAAGCGCCAUUAAAUUAUUGUUAGAUUCUGUAAACGAUGUGCUGAAGAAUUAUACUUCAACUGGCCGUAUGCUGGAACAUAAAAGAGUAAGUUGUGCCGUCACAGUAUACAUGCGGCAUGAAUUGUGUUGACUUGUACCUACAAUACAUUACUUCAUACCUUAACAAAUACAAUUUUUAUUUAUUUAUAUUUAUUAAACUUUGCCAAAAACACGUAACAGAACAGCAAAGACAUCUAGACAAUAAACAUGGACAAGAAUGGUAGGGACACCACAACAGCUAGUGUAAACCAAUUACUGCAGGCCCUUGAAAACCCAGCUAAACCCGGUUAAAAUAGCCUGUGGGCUAUUUUAACCAUAUAAGAAUUGAACUUUACCAGAAGCCGGUUUUUGGAAAGUUAUUUGUUGGCGAAUUGAGGUUUAAAAAGUAAUGUUGCAUCAUGAGAAUGUUGGGAAAACCUAUACGACGAAGUAACAAAAUUGAGCAAGAGUUUACGAAGCACAACAGCCAAUCACGAUAACUUUCCUUAUGUUUACAUUUUCUUUCCUAGUUUGUUUAGUUAAACAUUUUUAUCGUGAUUUUUUCUGUGUACGGUACUAGUUUAUUUAGUUUUUAAGCGUAUUACAAAAACUACAAAAACUAAAUAAACAGUAGUACACGAUAAAAAACUGUUUAUCUAAGCAAACUAAAUAUCAUUGCUAUAAAGUAUAGGAUACGCUAAUAUAACUGAUUAUAUAUAUAUAUAUAUAUAUAUAUAUAUAUAUAUAUAUAUAUAUAUAUAUAUAUAUAUAUAUAUAUAUAUAUAUAUAUAUAUAUAUAUAUAUAUAUAUAUAUAUAUAUAUAUAUAUAUAUAUAUAUAUAUAUAUAUUGAAUGGUCAUAUACACAUUCGUGUGUAAUAUCUGACUUUAUUUUUAUUCUAUAGAACUUAGAAUUUCAUAAAAAGGAAUUUGUGAAGUAUUCCAGAAGCUUUAGCGAUACAUUGAAACGAUAUUUCAAAGAUUCCAAGUAAGGACUUUGUAGAAUAUUUUUCAAAGCUUUAACCAAUGAAUAAUUUGGUCGAACAGGGGCUGUUUAUUUUAUGCCGGUCUGCAUUGUUGCACGGGUUCCCGGGCGCACAGCCUGGCAAGGGACAUGAAUUUUGACUUGAUUUGUGUUUGUACACGAGAAAACUUCAUCCUGCUUGCCAGGACAGUUUUGUUUUGACAGUUUUUUUAAAUAUAUAUAUAUAGAGAGAGAGAGGUUAUUACACGGGGGCGCGAAGAUACGACAAUAUUUUACUCACUCGCGCUGAGUCGCGCAGUUUUCACCACUCGAAGAUAAAAGUCAUAUUUUCAAGCCACCGUGUAUAUUGUUCUGUUUAUUAUAUAGUCCCAAGCAAAAAAUUGUGAAAUUUCACGCUCAAAAGCAAAUUGGAAUAAGCCACGUGAUCGAUAUCUUCACUAGUGAAGAUAUGGAAAAUAUCUCGCAGUGUAUUUUUCAGUAUCUCACUCUCUACUAUAUAAUAAACCUGAAUAGGUUUGGCCACACGUUUUUAUAAUUUUGCUCAUGAAAUAAUGGUAGAUAAUUAACAUAAUAUAAUUGUAACACACGCGUAUUAUAACAUGUAUAUUAGAUCCAAUUAAAGGUGCGUAAAUUAGUUUAAAGGUCUGCCACAAAAUUACAAAAAUUAACGAUGUGUUCUGUAUACAAUACAAUACAAUGCCAGGAUUGGGUACAGGACAUUACUCAAUGGCCCCAAUUUUCACCAAUAAUCAAUUAUCGUAUGGACAUAUAAAUACACCGAUCCCCUAAUAUUCACUGCCCUCGAAUACAUGAUUAUAAUAUAUGUAAGAGGGAAGAAAAACCGAAUUUUCAGCUUGUUAAAAGUAUGCUACCAGCUGCCUCGUACCCAGGCGCUUUAAAUAAUUACAAUACAUGAAGUAUUCAGGUAGGCAGGCGACGCGCGAAGGGGCAGUUGGGAAGGGUGCGUGCUGGGGAGCGCCUGGCAGUUCUUGUAUACUGUCAUGGCGGACAAACAUGGAAUUUAAUACAAAACGUUACCAUAUCGUCAUAUACUCUGUGUGUGAAACCUUAUUUUCUGACGAAGAGUUGAAUUGAACGCCAUUGGCAAAUAAUAAUAAAUUUGUAGAUGUUUGAUGACAUACAAAAUGCGCGAAAAAUUAUGAGUAAAUUACAUGGCAAAUUAUAAACCGUGCGAAUAUUUCGAAUAUAUAUGUCAUUCGGUAUUACAUGGAGAAUAAUAGAAUGCUAUCAGUUGCUUAGUAUAAAACAGUAACAGAGUAUUGAUUAGAAAGUCAUAUAAUUGCUUUUGUAUUAAUAACUUCUUUAGCUGAAGGCUCGAUCAGUCGGAGGGGUAAAUUACUCUGAAAAUCUUCGUACACUUCAUCAAAAAUCCCAAAAAAUCUUUGGAACAAUCCCAAAAUCUUACUAAAUCCCAAAAUCCCAAGAAAUCUCUAAAAAUUGCAUAAAAUACUUGGAAAAAGUCCAAUAAAAUCCUCAAAACCGGAAAAAGUUUGGCGAAAAAAAUAAGGGAAGAUAUUUCUAAAAAAUCAGCUGAAAAAAAAUCCCAAAAUCCCUUAAAUUUGGGGAAAAAAUCCCAGAAUCCCGAGAAAAAUUGCCCGGAUUUUCUAAUCCCAAAAAUCUUCGUACGCUUUUUUUAGAGUAAUUUAUCCCUCGGAUCAGUCGAUCACAAUGCCAAUGGCAAUUUCUAUUAAAUGUAUACUGUUAACAAAAGCCCAAGUAAAUCAAAGUUCACAGCCGUAAAGUUUGAAAUAUUUAUUACAACAGUGCAAUUUUACAGUUUGUACCUUUAUAUAGUUAUAGCUUACAAAUCUAGUUCCUGCAAGUCUAGUUUUUCAACGCUUCGGUUGUUGACAUGUUAAUAUUGGAAUUCCCAUGGACUUUAAAUAAGGCAUAUGUCAUAUAUACUAAGAAUAACAGCAUGAAUUCACGCCCAGAUGAAAGAAGAAUAUUAACAUUAGUCAAUUCAACAAAAACAAGUAGCAAAAAAUCGUAAACGACAACGGAAUAUCACAACUUGCAAGAAAUCGACUUUCUUGCAAGAAAUCGACCAAGAACUGCCAGGCGUGAGGCGUCUCGAAUUUCAAGUGCACUCUUCCCAUCAGCCCCUUCGCCAUCUCUCCCCACUACAAUACUUCAUGUAAACUCGUCAUAUGCGCAUCACUGUUUUUUUACAAAGGGACGCCUGGGUACGAGGCAGUGCUACCAGUGGAACAGUUUUGCGAAAGAAAUUUUACGUUUGGUUGAAAAGCAAAAAUUUUAGAGCCACUUUACGGUGGCCCAUGCAUAGGCGUCACGGGAACAGUUUGAAACGUUUAUAUUCCACGGCAACAUCUGCAUUGAAUGUUCACGGCAACUUUGAAAAUCCACGGCAACAAUUAAAAAUCUCACGGCAACUUUGGAAAUCCGCAGCAACAAUUCAAAAUCUCACAGCAACUGUGAAAAUCCACGGCAACAAUCGAAUAUCUCACGGCGGAAGUGGAUUUUCUUUGAUUCUAGUCACCAGAUUCCUUAUUCUAUUAAUAUCCAAAAUGGCGGCGAAAGAAUAAGAAAACGUGUUGUAAGUUUUUAUCGUUUUGUGUUUGUGAUUUUGUCAUUCCAGCACGAAAAAAACUUAUGUGUAAAUUAUGAAAAUAGCCUGGCAAAAAUGUCACAAACCUCGGCCUUGAUAUUAAUUCUCGAUACUAUGGCUAUGCUCAACCUCAUUCAAUAAUUGUUUAGUAUUUUUCAGUAAAAUAUUUUUGCCAGGCUACUUUCAUAACUCACAAUUAAUCAGAGUAAGCUUUUUUCAUGCUGGGAUGACAAAAUCACAAACACAAAACGAUAAAAAUUUACAACACGUUUUCUUCAUCUUUCGCCGCCAUUUUGGAUGUUAAUAGAAUAAGGAGUCUGGCAACUAUAGGCCAUCAGCAGACGCCAAAAAAGCCACUAGAAAAUGACAUUUUUAAAAAUGAAUGGUGGCAACCUUUUCUCAUUUGUUAUAUGUAGUACUAUGCUAAAAUUAUUCAAAACAGAAGUUCCCCAUAGUUCAUAGAAUCUAAGAAAAUCCACUUCCGCCGUGAGAUCUUCAAUUGUUGCCGUGGACUUUUAAAAUUGCCGUGGACUUUUAAAAUUGCCGUGAGAUUUUGAAUUGUUGCCGUGGCCAGCCAAGAGGUUGGCGGGGGCGCGGGGCAAAUUUUUUUUAGGGGCCCCUGAUUAAAAAUUUUUUCCCGAAAAAAAAAUUUUUUGGACAACAACAACCCCCCCCCCGUCGACAACUUUUUAGGUAAAAAAAUUUUCCGGACGAGUACGUUGCAAUUGCUUUCCAGGGACUUUAUCUCAAUUUUUAAUACCAAAUUUCGAUACUUAGCCCAAAAAAACAGAUUUGUCCUUUGCGCGGAAAUAUUUAACCCACAAAAAUGACUGGGGCCCAACAAAAUAUUUCCAGGGGCCCCCAGCACCUCGAGGUAAUUCCCCCCCCCCCUCUGCCCCCCCCUCUCGGCGGCCCUGGCCGUGGCCACUUUCAAAGUUGCCGUGAGAUUUUUAAUUGUUGCCGUAGAUUUUCAAAGUUGCCGUGAACAUUCAAUGCAGAUGUCGUGGAAUAUAAAUGCUGUGCCGUGUAUGUUUCAAACUGUUACCGUGACACCUGUGGGCCACCGUCCUACAUGAAUUAUGUUUGUUUGGUCAAUGGACGUCGGGUACGCGAGUCUGGGUCUAGCACAAUUUGUGACGUCACACGAGUUACUGAAUAUCACCACUAAAUAAUUGUAAUUGGCCAAUACCAUUAACGUGUUUGUUCAUGAUUUUAUGUAAAAUAAACUGUUUUCUGGGGUUUUUUUCACAAUGAUGUAAAAAUAUAUAUGCAGGUAAAUACAAACACAAACCAUACUCCAUAUUGUACGUUCCAAUGAACGUGCUCUGAAAUAAAAUGACACAAAACGAAGGAAUGCGUGGACUCUAGAACUCAGAAGUUUAUGUAUAUGGUCACAUUAAUAUUGUAAUCAUUAGGACUCAGGCCUGUAAAACAACUUACAGUAUAUGUCAUUUCUCUUUAUAGGGCAAACAGUGUCUACCUCAGCGCUAAUAAACUAAUCAGUCAAACAAAUAGCAUCAUCCAAGAAUUCCAGCGUGCUGUUAGGGACUACUAAUUGGCAGCAUUCCAUGCAAUUGUGUAAUCUUUCUUAAAUUAUUCAUACGCAAUCAUAGAUUAUGGUCCUGACCAUAUAUGAGAGAAAAUAAACAUGGUUUGGAAGGUCAAAGAACUAUCCCUUGUUACUUGUAUUUAAAUUUUGUUAACGUUGACAUAUAGAAAUUUAAGUUGUGCACAUUCACGGUAAUUGACAAUUGUAUAUAACCAAAGUGUUAUACAUGGACCAUGGCGAUGAGAAUCUUUGCCGACUUUGGCUCAAUCGCUAAAACGUAAUGUUUUAUAAUAAUUAUAUAUUUAGUAAACUUAUACAACAAAGCAAACGCUUCUGUCGUCGAUAGUCUGUUUGACGUCUGCGGGUUUCCAAACCAUGCUUAUUUUCUAUAAUGGCACAAUGUGGAGUAGAUGAUAUAUAUAAACUAUAAAGUCAGUUCUUACACAUGUGCACUACAGUGAAAUUCCUCUAAAACGGAUCAACGGUUUUAUAUUAGUAACUUUAGAAAACGAAGAGGGUGGUCAGUUGUUGUUGAUAUUGAGUAUAUCAAGUCACAGUAUAUGAAAACUACAGUAGGGCCACUCAGUGUAAAAAAGUGUCCACAUUGUUUACUGGCUGCCAACCUAAUUUACAUAUUGGCAGCCAGUAAAUGGCAGCAGUUCACUAUAAAAUUGUAUUACAGAGUAAUGAGUUUGGCCGCGUAAAACACCUGGGACCUAGCUUAAAUAAUUCCCACUUUUCUCUCCCCUAAGUGGCCCUACUGGUUGUCUCCCUAUACUGUGAUCAAGUCUUUAAUAUUGCCAUUCACGAAAUGGAACGCAGUAUUGAAACUGGUCACGCUACGUCAUAAAUGCAUUUUGAAACCGUAUAUAUCAAAUGUCCUUUAAAAGCGAAAUGCAUAAUGAAUAAUAUACUGCAAAUAAUACAAAAACCCAGGCCUGUUCUGUAGAUGGUAUUAUUUUGUGUAAACCAACUUUCCAUGUAUUAUUAAUUUAUUAUCGUUUUAAACUGUAACACAAUCUUUGGCAGCAACCACAAUCCUUUUUUGGAUACAUAGCAACCACAAUCCUGGCCACUACGCAAAUGCCUACACCUGGGAAAAGUUUACUGAUGCCAUGCCUCUGGGCAUACAAACGCUCCGGGGUUACCCGGGUUGACCACAAUGCAUAGCAUUGCAUAGUGAGAAUGGGUUCAUAAUUUUUUAAUUUGGCUGCGUUUAUGCCGAGUUGCCCAAAAACAAACUCAUUCAAAUAAAUUACUGUGACCUUCAAGAAAACUUGUCUUGCACUGAAUCUUGUCCUGCACUUGUCAAUUGUAUGAAUCAAUUGGAUUUAAUUGCAGUACAGUUUAAGUCACGUUAGUUAGAUAACAUGUGGAGAAGAGAACAGAAGUGGACAUGUGGAGGUUCACAUGCAUCAGGCUCUGCUUGGGCAAGACUGCUGGGGACGGUCUGGUCCCAGCUAGGUGAGUUGGCCAGUUUCCCAUGUCGAUUGCAUUAUAUAUUGAUUGCUCUUGAUAGUAUUUAUUAUACAAGCUACGGCAUCAAUAGAAUUGCCCCACCCAAAUCAGAACAACUAGACCCAUGCACUCAGCCCCUAAUAGUAACAAUUAUUAUUGACUUACAUUUGAUACCAUUUGUCACAGGAAUAUUCAAAAUUACAGAAAUUAGGUUUAAUCCUACACUAAUUAAGGUGGCUCCCAACAGUGGCAUGUAUUUGCCCAACAUGACUAAAGCCUAUUCAUAUAUAUAUAUAUAUAUAUUGACUGUGCAUUCUUUUUAGCAGCUAAGGAAUAUAUGGAACAUGGUUUUUGGUAAUGUCAUUGUUGCCAAAAAUAUAGUUUUAUUUACAACAAAAAGUAGAAAAAAGUCUGACACUAUAAAAUUGCAUUUGGAUGCCCAAAAAUCUCAUACGCUUUUUGGGAAUGAUUUGCCCUUUUUAAUUCUCUCUUAAUGUUUACGACUAUUCAGAUUCAGAUGUAUACGUCAUGUACUGUGAGCAUUCUGACGAGAUUGAGCUAUCGCGAUCACCAUCUUCAAUAUCAACUCCAUCAGAAUCGCACUCAUCAACCAAGUAUUCUUUCCAAAUCAGCUGAAGUUUGGCUAUACCAAGCUUGCCUUGUGCAUUCACAACAGCACCUUUUAGAUAACUCAAGAAGCCGUACUCACCCUUUGGUUCCUCAGUGUAUUUAGUCCCACCAUCUCCACCAUAUGGACCUAGCCCCUGACGUUUCUUGGUGAAGAACAUAAGACUGUCAACCAUCCAACCAGACCUGACUUCAGCUUUCACAAUACGUUCAUCAUCACCAAGGUGAAACUCAUAGACUUCACUGUCUUCAUCAUCACCACCAUACAUGGGUGAUUCGCCAUUACUGUAGAACACCUUCAAUCCACCAAUGACAGGACGAUUGUCCCAUAAACGAAUCCAAAUCUGCAUUCCUCGAAUGAACAAAUGAGGUGCACGAGUAAACGAUUCAUCACCAAAUGUUGUUUGUGUUGGUCCAACAUGAACUCGAUCAGCAUGGAUUUUGCAACACCUUUCUUUUGAAAUACUUCCUUCACGUUCGGUUCCCCAUAACUUGACAAGCUCGUCAUCUUCAGCUUCAAUUUCUUCCUUUGCCUGCUUUAUCAACUCCAGAGUUCUACUACAACUUGGAUUGCUAGCAUAGCAGCACAGUUUCUCCAGUGAUAAAGCCGAUAGACAAUGGAAAUGAAUGUAAUGUAUAAGCUUGCUUAGAAGUAAAUCUGUUUGCUGCUCAUUUUCACAUUGAUGAGAAACAUAUUUUAGCACAAUGUCCAAAAUGAAGUCCUCUUGUUCUGUUGGCAGUGGUAAAAAAUCUCUGCCAUAAUCAGCGACCAACACCUUACUCUGCAGAAUCUCCACAAGCAAUUCAACUGAUAGUUCAAGGAAAUCCUCCGACUGACUUACUCCAGAAAAAUUUCUAGCAGCAUACUUUACCAAAAAGUUCUUCAUUUUUACCACGUUAAAUUGUUCUGAGAUAACAAGCAUUGCUGGACAGUUAUCGUUAUUUACCUUUUUUUCUAGAUAAUCACCAAUUGAUACUUUAAUGAAAUCCAAUUCGAACAACUGCAAGAAAUUGCCAGCAGCGAGAACCCUGAGCACAUUACUGGGGUUUAACUGCAACUCUUCAGUGUAGGCAAAAUGAAGUAUACAUUUCAGUGUUGCUUCAUCAAACUCUUUAAUCUCAAUUUUGUCCUGUUUGCUAUCUUUCCAGUUGUUAUCAAACAGCCCACUGAAAUAUUCACUAAGCGAAGUCAACACCAACCUGUGUGUCUUGAUUUCGUUCUCCCCCACAACAAGGGUGGCAUCACAAAAUUUGCCUUCUUCAUAACAUUUAUACAUUCUUUCAAGCAUGUUCUUAGCAUGGUUCUUUUCAUCUUUUGAGUAGGUUCUAGACGCAGCUUGUUCCUCGUUACGUGUUAACAUGCCUUCCAAGUGCGAUAGUAAGGGAUUUUCCAUGCUUAAAUGACGGUUCAGAGACUUUAAAUGUGAUAAUCGCUACUUUUUAAUAGUUGUC